UGCAAUGCCACUGUGAGAAAAUUUCGUUCUCACAACUCAGUUCCCAUAACAAAUCUAACUUCUAAGACAACAAACAAAUGUACACAAUCAAAACAUUGAUUGGUUCUCAAAACAUUCGGCUACAAAUUGCAACCUAGCAUCUUAUCCACCUGACUAUAAAUAUAAGUCGCUUGAUUAUAAUUACGCUUUUUCUGUCUAGUUCUCGUCUCGUGGAGACAUUAUAAUCAGAUAAAAUAAACUACUAUAUAUAAUAAAACAGUGAUUUUUAUAUUGCAUGAUUUUAUAUUGCAUAUACGCGGAUAAUAAAAUUAUAAUAUCACAAAACAGUGAUUUUUAUAGCAUAUUCGCGCCUAACAAAAUUAACUGGUGGCAGCGGUGGGAUAGUCGCGAGUUUUCCCAAGUGAAAUUGUGUAAAAUUCACCCGUGACUAUCUUUGGAGCGAACUAGGCUCCCAACAAAUAAAAAAAAAAAAGUGAUAAAACGUGGAAAAUCUGGAGAAAGUUGUCCUCUAGAAAACGAGGGCAGCCAUCAGGCAGUGCAUCUUUAGUCUGUGGGAAGCAGAUCUGCCCAACGGUGGAAAUUUAAUUUGUGAAAGUUGUCUUCCUUUAGCGAGGGCAGCCAACAGGUAGCGUCAUCUUUACUCCGUGUGAAGCGGAAGCUACCCAUCGGUGGAGCAACAAUCAAAACCAACGCUACUGACUGGUUACGCAGCAGAGUUGCAGUCAACCCUUUGCAGAUUCCUGUUAGCAGAAUUGCAGUCAACCCUUUGCAGAUUCCUGUUAGCAGAAUGUUCCUGACAACAUUGUACAUUGUCUGGUUCAUCUCCCUCGCAGGACUCGGAACUUUAAUCCAAGGGGAUGUAACGGUUAAACCUAUCAACUACCCCGGAGCCUUCUUCAAUUAUAUUUCUGACUUAAAAUUCGUCGACCAACAAUUAAAACUGAUUAAGGUUAUAGAUUUAAGUGAAUUUGAAAUGCAAUUGAGUAAUGUAAAGGUUUUGCUUAAUAAUGUAAACGAAUUAUGUACUAGUAAAAUAGCCGCUUGUAAAAACUUGAAGUUAAACGGAGAACUUCAGGUGAAACGGCUGGGUCAUAACAUAAAUACAGUAUACGGUUUAUUAGGCCUAACUCCAAAUAUUAGAUUACGUAGGGGAAUAGCGAAUUGGGUUGGUGGUUCUCUAAAAUUCCUUUUUGGUAGUAUGGAUUCUGACGAUUUCGAUCAAAUCCAGAAUGCUAUUCAUAGUAUCGAGCGAAAUGAAUUCAACAUCAGUAAAGGUAUGAUGAAAAACACAUAUUUGAUGAAAGAAAUAAACAAGCAAUCUAAAAUAAUAAGCACCGAGCAAAACUCGAUUCGUCUAAAAAUUAACGAAAUUAUAGAGGAAAUUAAACUAUUUAGCAACGUGAGUAAUGAGCACGAACAACAACUUAGCUUGCAAGUUUAUUAUGAAGACAUAUAUUCCAAACUUUACCAUAAAAUUGAAGUUUUAGAUUUGCAAAUAGAAAUACUUAGAGAUAGUCUACUCUUCAUUCAGGCCGGUAUUUUACAUCCUUUUAUCCUCGAACCAGAACAAUUAGUUGAAGAACUUAAUAACAUCAAAGAGAAGGACGAUUUAGCAAUAAGUCCUUUGAUUGGCAACUAUAAAUUUAUAACUAAAGAUUUGCAACUUUCGGCAUAUUUAAAACAGAAGAAAAUUUUCGUAGUAAUAUCCAUGGAUAAGGUCACUCGCCAACACUUUGAAUUAUACGAAACUGUUGUAUUCCCUUAUAUAAGAACUAACGUUGUUAUCACAAUAGAUAAUCUUAAGAAAUACCUUAUUAUAAGUAAAGACAGAGAAUUUUACAUAACAAUAGACGAAUUAGAUUGCAAAGAAAUUGGAGAAGUUAAAAUAUGCAAACCAUUGCCAUUAAAAAGUAUUUACAUCAAAAGUUGCGUAAUAAAUCUAUUUUUGAAACAAUCUGAUAAAGAAUGCGAAUUUAGAAAAAUAGACGCAGAUUUGGAUAUCAUGCACAAAAUUAAUAACUUACAAUUACUCACUGUAAAUACAAUGGAAACAAACGUAGAAUGUAAAUGUAAUAAAAGCAAAGAGAUAAAAAUUAUUGGAACAAAUAUACUUAGUUUUACAAACGAUUGUUCAAUACAUAGCGUAACGCAUGAUUAUCUGCCAGAAAAAAUAGCAUUUGAAAGUUUUACUAAAAGAGAUAGAAUCAUAGAAUUAGAAGAUUGUUGUACCAUUUUCAAUAUAAAGGAUAUCAAACAAAGUGAAAAUAGGAUCGGGAAACUCUCUACAGAUAACGUUCACGAAAUUAAAGAUUUAACACUAGAAUUAGUCGAACAAGCCAAUUUUUGGGACAAAGCAGUCCAACCAAUUCCUAAAAUCAUACGUAGAAAUUCAAUUGUAUCCUCUAUCAUCGGUAUAGUAGUCCUGGUCGCUAUAGCAUUUUCCAUAUAUAAAUGUGCAAACGGUAAUUUGUCCAUCACCAUAUUCAGAAGUUGUUUCAAUCGAAAAAAUAGAAUCCGAAAACUGAAUAAAAUAGAUAAAAAUGUCGUGGCGUACAAUAGAAGCGAUGAAGAUAUUAGAAUAGAGCCUAUUGUUCCCAUAUCCUUAGAAUCUAGCAACGAAAAUACUAGACGCAUAAGGAGCAGAUACUUGUAAAAGUUCGAGGACUAACUUCCUUUAUAAGGGGGAAGAUGUCAGGUGCAAUGCCACUGUGAGAAAAUUUCGUUCUCACAACUCAGUUCCCAUAACAAAUCUAACUUCUAAGACAACAAACAAAUGUACACAAUCAAAACAUUGAUUGGUUCUCAAAACAUUCGGCUACAAAUUGCAACCUAGCAUCUUAUCCACCUGACUAUAAAUAUAAGUCGCUUGAUUAUAAUUACGCUUUUUCUGUCUAGUUCUCGUCUCGUGGAGACAUUAUAAUCAGAUAAAAUAAACUACUAUAUAUAAUAAAACAGUGAUUUUUAUAUUGCAUGAUUUUAUAUUGCAUAUACGCGGAUAAUAAAAUUAUAAUAUCACAAAACAGUGAUUUUUAUAGCAUAUU